UCAGCCAAUCCCAAAGCGCCCACGCCGCCCGCGCCCAAUCCCAGCGCGCCGCGCUGAUGACUCAUCAGUCGCCGGGAAGACGCCUCGAAAAAAGGGCCCCAACUGCGCCCUCAGCCAAGCCCAGCGCGCCCCAAACCCCCCAAAACGGCGCCGCCCGGCUGGUUUGGGGCUGUCAGCAGCUGUCCGGCGCUGGGCAUGGAGCGUGUGCGGGGAGCUGGGGCCGUGCUGGCGGUGCUGGUGGUGCUGGGAGCCCCCCCGGCUGCGGGCGAGGAGCUGUCGGGGGUGUUCCAGCACAUGGCAAAGUGCGAGUGUUACUUCAUCAACGGCACCGAGCAGGUGAGGUUUGUGCAGAGGUUCGUCUACAACCGGGAGCAGUUCAUGCACUUUGACAGCGAUGUGGGGGUGUUUGUGGGGGACACCCCGUAUGGGGAGAUCCUGGCCAGGUGCGGGAACUGGAACCAAGGAUGGAUGGAGUACAUAGGGGGUAGGGUGGACAGGCACUGCCGGCACAACUACAAGCUGUUCAGCUCGUUCAGCGUGGAGAGGAGAGUGCCCCCCAGCGUGUCCAUCUCGCUGGUGCCGUCGAGCUCCCAGCCCGGCCCCGGCCACCUGCUCUGCUCCGUGAUGGAUUUCUACCCUGCGCCGGUGCAGGUGAGGUGGUUCCAGGAUGGGCAGGAGCUGCCGGAGCACGUGGUGGCCACCGACGUGGUCCCCAACGGGGACUGGACCUACCAGGUGCUGGUGCUGCUGGAAAUCCCCCCCCGGCGCGGGGUCACCUACAGCUGCCAGGUGGAGCACGUCAGCCUGGAGCACCCCCUGAGCCGGCACUGGGGUACGGCCCGGACCCCACAGCACCGGGGGGAGAUGCCACCGGACACCGUCCGCAGCAAGAUCCUGGUGGGGGUCGGGGGCUUCGUCUUGGGCUUGGUCUUCCUGGCGCUGGGGCUCGGCUUCUACCUGCUGGAGAAGAGCUCCUGA